AUGGAUUCCUUUCCUGAUUACUAUGAAAUUCUUGAGAUUAGUGACACUGCAACUAUCGAUGAAAUAAAAGAUGCCUAUAAACGAAAAGCUUUAGAAACACACCCAGAUAGAUUUGCACCGGGCGCUUCACAAGAUUCUGCUAUAAGCCCAUCACUUUCGCAAGAAGAAGCAAAAAUGCAUUUUCAACAAGUAGCUGAUGCAUAUUACGUAUUAAGUGACGAUCUCAGACGGGCACAAUAUGACACGGUAAGAAAUUCUAGGAGAAAAAAAAAACAAUCAUCGGGGUUGUGGAAUGCACAACAUACAGAUCCAAAUUCGAUUUUUGGUAACGUAUUUGAAGAUUUGUUAAGGCCAGAAAUUGAAAAUCCUAAAUGGUUUUAUGCACCAAUUGGAGCAGUGAGUGGAGCAAUGUUAGGAUUUGUUUGUGGAAAUGUGCCUGGUUUAAUGUUAGGUGCUUACUUAGGAAAUAAAUUAGGCGCUGUAAGAGAUGCUAAAGGCGUAUCUGUUUAUGAAGCAUAUUCCAGAUUAUCAGGAAAUCACAAAGCUGCAAUAUUAGCAGCAAUUGCAGCAAAAAUGAUUACUGGUGGCAAGAUUUAA